CCUCUUCGCUGGUUCGAUUGCUUUAACGCAAGUUCGUAACUAUAUCCUCCCAAGUCCCAGAGUCUUCUUCUUCCCCCCACCAUUAUAAUAACAACCCAUCUUCAAUUCCAUCCUUCAUAUUCAUCUUAUACAAAGUUACAAAAUCGCCAUAAUCGUGACUUGAACCGCUUCAAAGUUGCAAAGAGUUCAACAAGAAUGUCGUCUCAGAAUCUUAGAUCAAGAACAGCCACACCCGCUGCUCCGGCGGUGGAUGAUCGUGAGGUUGAGACGUUGUCGGUCCCGGAGCCCCUUCUACCGGCGGCGAAGUCGCCGUCGUUCUCGCAGCGUGCCUUGGAGAGCACGGCACACCUAGCCAACCUCCUUCCCACGGGCACGCUCCUAGCAUUCCAGCUACUCACCCCAAUCUUCACCAACAACGGCGCGUGCGACGCGGCCACGCGCCCCAUGACGCUCGUGCUCCUAUCCAUCCUCGCCGUCUCCUGCUUCCUCGCCUGCUUCACCGACAGCGUCCGGGGGCGCGACGGCCAGGUCUACUACGGCUUCGCCACGCGCGGAGGGCUGUGGCUCUUCGACUACCCGGCGGCGGCGGCCGCCGGAAUCUCCGCCGCCGAUCUGGGGAAGUUUAGGGCGGGAUUCAUCGACUACGUGCACGCAGUUCUCUCCGUGCUGGUUUUCGUGGCGAUUGCCUUGAAGGACAAGAAUGUGGUGAGCUGUUUGUAUCCGAAGCCGAACCAUGAAACGCAGGAGGUGUUGGAUGUGGUUCCGAUUGGGAUUGGUCUGCUGUGUAGUCUCCUGUUCCUCGUCUUCCCCACACGGAGACAUGGGAUUGGCUUCCCUGUUACUUCUGGGAAAUCAGACCUCUAAUUUUAGGGUAGUUAUAAACACUAUAGAUGAUUCGUUACAUUCGUUGUAUCUAACUAUAUGUUGCUUGUAUAUGGCAAAUAAUGCUCAAAUUUAGUAAGUUAUUUGAGUUUGAUUUCGCAAAUGUU